AUGGAAGCACGCACGAGUGUCCCUCCACAGACGCCCAUCGAUCUUCUCUGCUCGCUGGACGACACGAGAAGACGCGUGUAUUUUUUCUGUCUUGGUAGGCAUCCCGGCCUUGUGGCAUCGCCGGCCUGUGGCACACAUGCUGACCACGAACACGAGGCAGAAUAUGCUGUAGACAGCGCUAUACGCGGCCGAGGAGUCCCGUCGGCCGAGACGUUUGGGCAGCUGACAGGCCAGACGAACAUCACGUCGAGCGUGACGCAGUUUGUGCAGGGCCUGGAGGGUGGGACAGUUCUGCGAGAUGCCUUUGCGGCCGUGGAGACGCUGAAGCCGCUCUUCCUCAGCCUGCCGCCGGGCCAGGCGACCAGCCACCGGGUAUCGACGGCAGCGACGGGAGCACGAAUGAGCGACCGGCCGCUGGGCGGAGCGACGAUGCGCGACGGCCGGUCCGACACGUGGGAGCGGCGGCUGGCCGACAAGGGAACGUCGUACUAUAGCGGGUCAGGGCCGCUGAUCGGAAAUCAGUACGAGGCGCGCGAGCUCCGGGCCGAGUAUGCCAGUCUCAACUUUAAGGAGGUCACGGGCGACCGGCACGAGGCGUCGCCGCAGUUUCCGCAGGCGAUCGAGGAGCAGCGGAAGCUGGUCGGCCAGCUGUACGAUGCCAUCAAGAGCAUGGAUAACAUCCUGGAGAAGAAGCGACCGAUCUCACUGAAAAAGCGGAAGCAAGGCGGCGAGGGCGAGGGAGGGGGGAACAGCAACGGCGAGAGUGUGGACAGGAACGAAAACGGCAAUGACCAGAACGAGGAGGAGGACGACGAUCAGGUUGCGGGCCAGCAGCUUGGGAGACCGCAGAUCAAGGAGUCGGUCAGCGUGCGGAAGGUCAAGGGACUGAGCCGGAUCGAGGUGGAGAUGUUGUGCUGGGAUCUGUUAUUUACCGUCCGCGACAUCCACCGUGGUCGGCUGCCCUUCCAGCCGUGGAGCCGGAAUGACUGGUGCUGGGAGGGCUCCUUUGUCUCGUUCGGGCAGCGCUUUGACGCCGUCGUCGAGACGCUCCGUCAGUCCAAGGCUGCCGUCUGCAGCCUGCUCGAGUCGGACAAGAUGGCCCGGCUGGCGGCGCACCCGCGCCGUGAGUACAAGCGCAAGGAGAACAACCGGUCGCAGAACGCGGAGCGCAACGCCCAGGUUUUUGUUGGCCGCCACGCCAUCGAGACCCAGCAGGUCCAGGUGAACCGUCAGACCGGCGACCUGCAGGACCGUGACGGCAACGUCGUCGCCGCCGCCGCCCACGACUGCAGCGGCCUGAUCGAGCAGACCCGCCGCCUGGCUGAUCCGAGCCGCCGCGAGGCCAAGCGCGUCCGCUUCCUGGCGAGCAUUGCCGAGAGCGGCGAGGGGGCAGAGGAGGAGACGGGACGAGGACGGACAGAGAGUGCCGACGGAAUCGACAGCUUGGCCGGCAGAACAGAAAGACUGCUGGCUGCACCGCCGGCCGCCAACAGCACGCAGCUCCAGGCGGCCUGGCUCGCAGACAGCGAGACAAAGCCUCUCGUCGGCAACCUGGCAGCAGCAGCCCAGACGACCCCAGACAAUCACCUGGCAGACAUCCUCAAGGUCGAGGAGCCUGUCGGCCGGCAGACGCACGUGCAACAUCCCCUGCCGGCCGAUGCUGGCUUCCCGCUCUGGCUGCAGACCGCCUGUGUGGACGCGCCCGGCUUCUUUGGCGGCCACGUCGCCCAGCUGUUGGACCAGCCAUACAUCUUUGGCACAGACACAAACACCUCGACUACGGCACCACCAGCUCCCGGCGAAGACGGACUGGCAUCGCAAGGUGAGGAUCCGCACCAGAAGCAGCAACAGCAAAAUCUCGUCCAUGUCACAGACACAGCUGUCGAUGCCGAGACCGAGCCGUGGCAUGACCUCCACCAGCUGCAGACUCUCGGCUACGGCGUCGACCUCGAGCUGAUGCCGCAACAGCCGUUGGGGCCGGCUCUGGCAGCGACUGUGGCGGCUGACACAAGCUUCGAGCUCGAGCUGGACCCCGGCUACCUCGGCCUCACAGACACAGAGCUGGCCGCAAUUGCCGACUAUAGCGACGCAACCGGGGCGCUCGAAGAUAUCGGCCACUUCCUUCGCUGGAGCUCACCAACUGAUGCCGAAGACGGAGAGUACAAGGCGAACUGA